AUGGCCAGAGGUCGAUCGGUCCCAGCAAGGGCUUCUCCAAAGGAAUCGCCCUCUGGAUCCGACAAUAGCCACUAUAACAGCAAAUCUCUAACCGCCGCCAUCAUCCCCUCUCCCUCCAUCUCGCCCAUACCCUUGAAUGGCUCCAUCAUCACCGCAAGACCCAAUUCCAAACUCCUCCGCAACGCAGAUGCCCUGGCCCGGAUGACCAUUGAGCUCAACGUCCGCGCAAUGGCCACCCAGACAGCGCGGCUGGAAAAGAAUCUGAGCGUCCUCAUGCUGCGCACAAAGGAGGACAAGGACUUUCGGAACACUCACGAUGCGAGGGUGCAGAGCUUGGUGCAGGAGAUUCGAGCGGUGAAGCAGCGCAUGGAGGAAAUUCAGGGGCCGGAAUGGAACAGCAAAAGCAACAAUGAUCCAGAGCAGUGUAAAAAGAAUAUGCAUGAGAUCAUUGGGGAGUUGAAGAAGGAAAUGAAAAAGGAAAUGAGUGAUUUGAAGGGUCGGGUUGGCGAUAUCUCAAGUACGCUGGACAAGCUUCCAACAGUGGCAGAAGCAGAGGCUUUGAUAAGUCACACUCGGGUGACGCGCUCUGCAUUGAAGGGCAAGAUACGAGCAAAACCAGAUACCGAGAAACCACGUUCUGUACCAAAAGCAGCAGCCAAUACCAUCAAGCAGCGUAUCGAAGACGCCAUCAGCUCAACCCGCCGUUGGAACCGCGAUCACAAAAGCACACAGCUUAGAGACGCCGCUUUUAUUGCCAGCUAUCUCAAGCAACAGUCAAAACGCGAUCCCCAGAUGGCAGUGUACAUACAGAAGGCCAUCCAGCGGCACGUCUAUCAUAGCGGCCGGCCCAGAUCCAAAACCCGACCGAAAAGUCUUGAGCAGUUUUGCCAGAUGUUGGUGUGGAAGGACGUUCUUGAUACGGUAAAAGAUGUAUUGGUCGAAAGUAGAGUUCAGACGGUCAAGGCUCUUGAUAAGUGA